GCGAGCAGCCUCCAUCUCCAGAAACCACAAUGAUCGACAUUGAUGAUGUAAGCCAGUUCAUCUGAAAACAAUUUUCCGGAUGCAUCUUAUCAGAUUAGCAAUAAUUAAUAUCUGAUAAAUUUGUUGUUCGCACCCCCCAAGUUCGCACCCUCCCUUUCUCAACUUCCCCCCCCCCCUUGACUUAUUUCUGAACGACCAGAACGCAGGAGGGAAAAAAUGGUCCAGAACGUGUUUUCCGUCCCUGUGUUCUUCAUCAUCCUCAGAGAGACCAUCGAAGCAGGAAUCAUCGUUUCUAUCUUGCUGACUUUCGCUUCCCAACUUACACGGGGGGGUGUGAAUGGUCUGAGGGGCCAUAGCGCGAAUUCGGGUUCUGACGACAAUCAGGUAACCAAUGGUCCAACGGACGAGAAGACGGACCGAGAUGCCAUUAAUGGCAUAGAAGCACUGAGUCGCUCUGACCAGCGUGCAGAAGACCGCAGUGCACUGACCAACGAUCAACUCCUGCGAAAGCUCCGUAUUCAGAUCUGGGCUGGUGCUUCAGCUGGUUUCGUUAUUUCCCUCGCUAUUGGUGGUGCUUUCAUCGGAGUCUUCUAUUCCAACAAAGUGCACAAUCUCUGGGCCAAAUCCGAAUACCUGUGGGAAGGGUCGUUCUCCCUCAUCGCAUCUCUACUCAUUCUUGCUAUGGGUAUCACGUUCCUGCGUCUCGAACAAUCCAAAAUAAAAUGGAGGAUUAAGCUUGCGCAUGCAUUCGAAAAGUCAACAGGUGCGAGCGAGGAGAGGCGCUCGAAGGCGGGCAAGUAUGCUCUGUUUUUCUUGCCCUUCAUCACUGUCCUCAGAGAAGGUUUGGAGGGCGUCAUCUUCGCCGCUGGAGUAUCGCUGAGUGGACCUGGCACUUCCAUUCCCCUCGCAGUGAUCGUUGGUGUCUUAAGCGGCAUUUUCAUCUCAUAUAUCAUAUAUUCCUCCACUUCUCAUCUCACACUUCAUUACUUUCUUAUUGUGUCGACGUCAAUUCUUCUGCUUGUCGGAGCUGGUCUAUUUAGCAGUGCGUGUGGAGAUUUUCAAACAUAUGUCUUCAAUAGGGGCGUUGGUAGAGACGUCAGCGAGACUGGCGAUGGACCAGGAAGCUAUGAUGUUCAUGGAAUGGUAUGGCACCUGACAUACGGUAAUCCCGAGGGUGGCAAGAAUAAAGGGGGAGGAUGGUCCAUUUUCCGUGCUGUCCUUGGUUGGACGAACAACGCCACCCUUGGUACCAUUCUGUGUUACUGCUUCUACUGGAUUGCGGUCAUCGCCAUCCUUACGUACAUGAAAUGGUCCGAAGGUCGCACGACGAUCCUUGGCCUCAAAUCCAAGGCGUGGUACGAGCGUCGAGCCGCCCGUGAGAAAGUAGUCGAAGAGAAUUCGAGCUCCGACAAAGGGAGCCCUGAGGGUGAACUCGAGCCCAGGCACCACGAAAUUGUGUAA